UGGAAGGUGAUCAUUUAGUUUCCGAUGAUGGCCGGAUCGACGCUCCUCACUCGGCUACUUCUCGUUGGCGCUGGUCUUUUGCUCACAGACACUGUCAACAUUAACACCCUCGACAAUCAACGACCAGGCGAGACAUAUCAGGCAGAAAGUCACAUGUCAUUUCUCUGCUCCUCACCACCCCCGCUUGCCGCGCUCAGUGCUUCUUCAGUUCACGCCGUACGACCUGCUGAUGUCUCAGCGCUUUAUUGGCUGAGCACGUCGCUCUGUGGCAGGGAUGUGACGUCAAAGAUUUUCCGUCGAGUGGCCGAACUGCUGUCCAUGUUCAACCCAGCGGUGGUCACUGGGAAUGUGGAAUUCCCGUCGCAACCCUGGAGUUUGCAGCAAGAAGCAGAGAAGCUUUCGCUGCUGUCAGAUCAGCUUUCAGGCUGGAAGUUGGUGCUGCUGUUUGUCUCCACACGUCAGACGUGUGCCUGUUCAACACACGUUGACCCCAUCGAGCGGGAAGUGGAAGCGGCUCUGCAGAUAUUACAAGAACAGCUGCGUCAGACUUUACUUCAUGUUGUGGUCUUCAGCUCCAAUCAACAAAAAGACAAUAGCAUGUGCACAAGACCUGAAAACACUAAAUUAUGCGAGGCCACUCAUUUGCAGAAAAUGCAGGAUUCCCUAAGCAAUGUGUUGGCACGUGCAAAGUGGCAUCACAAUGUCACUGCUGUGCUGCAGCCAAUACCACUCAUUUUGGAGGACACUUCUGAUCUGGAGGAGAUGUCAAGCAAACUGGCUGUGCAGCUGUGGACAAACAUGCUUCAGACAUCAUCCACUCCAUCCGAGGACGUCACUAUUCCGUGUCCUACUCAGGAUCGACCCUUCCUCAGGACGCAGUUGAACAACCCCAAGGGCAACAGCAGAGCUAUUUGGCAAACAGAUCCGGAUAUGGGCACUAAGAUCCCCUGCAAGGACAGCCAUCCAUCUCCAACAACACCAAACUCAGUUCAUGAGCUGAGACCAGCUGACAUCAAGGUGGUGGCUGCAGUCGGUGACUCUCUGACAGCAGGUAAUGGUGUAGGGGCAGACAACCUUCUGCUGGUUAUCAGUGAGUACAGAGGACUGUCCUGGAGCAUUGGCGGUGAUGAAAAUAUCACCACGGUCACCACUCUGCCAAACAUCCUGAGGGAGUUCAACCCCUCCCUGACUGGCUUCUCUCAGGGAAUCGGCAAGCAGGACUCUCCGGCAGCCUUCCUCAACCAGGCCGUGGCCGGAGCCAAGAGCGGUGACAUGGUUGAACAAGUGCGCACCUUAGUGGACAGGAUGAAAAAUGACACGAGAAUCGAUUUCCACAAUGACUGGAAAGUGAUCACCAUGUUUAUUGGGGGAAAUGACUUAUGUGAUUUCUGCACAGACACUGUGAUCUUCUCACCCAGGAAUGUUGCCGAACGCAUCCGUCGAGCUCUGGACAUACUCCACCAUGAGGUGCCACGUGCGCUCGUCAAUCUGGUGGAGCUGUUGAACAUUAUACCGCUGCGUGAUCUGCAUAAAGAUAAUUCGCUGGGAUGCCCCACCUGGUUUGUCAGGAUAGUUUGCCCGUGCGUACUGAAGCCGAAAGAUGGCUCGUUCGAACUCCGAAAGAUGGAAGAAUUCAGCAGAGCUUAUCAGCAUGCAAUGCGACAACUGGUGGACUCGGGGCGCUACAACACCCACGACAACUUCACUGUCGUCCUGCAGCCUUUCUUCAGGGAGGUUUUCCUCCCUACGUUGCCGGACGGAAGGCCCGAUCGCUCGUACUUUUCCCCCGACUGUUUUCACCUGAGCCAGAGAGGGCACACGCUGAUGGCUCGAGCCCUCUGGAACAACAUGUUAGAGCCGGUGGGAAACAAGACCUCCACUCAAGACUUCAUGGCUGGGAUUGAUCUGAAGUGUCCCUCUGAGGCCGCACCGUUCUUGAGAACGGCAGUCAACAGCAACUACACAUUUCCAGGACCUCCGCCGACUCCUGCACCGGUUACAAACUGGGGCAGCGACUUCUCGUGUCUUAACACGGGACCGUCUGACUCGGCGCCCACUUCAGCUCAUAAGGUCCGGCCGGCUGACAUCAAGGUGGUGGCCGCUUUGGGGGACUCCGUAACAGCCGGCUAUGGUGCUAAGGCAAAGAAUCUACUGCAGCUCAGAACUGAAUAUAGAGGAGUGUCAUGGAGCAUUGGAGGUGAUAAAAACCUGGAGACUGUCACCACAUUAGCCAACAUCCUCAGGAAGUUCAAUCCGGACCUUAAAGGCGCAUCAAAGGGUCAAGGGAAGAAGAGGAGCGGCUUCAACAUGUCCGCAGCAGGGGCCAAAGUCUCGGGAAUUCCAGGACAAGUCAGACGCCUGAUUGACAUGAUGAAAAAUGACACUACAGUGGAUUUUGCCAACGACUGGAAGCUGGUGACUCUCUUCAUUGGUGGCAAUGACCUGUGUCAGUUCUGCAACGAUCGGGCCUCGUUGUCGCCGCAGAACUACACCCAUCACUUGAUGACCAGCUUGGACAUGCUGUACAGAGAGUUUCCCAGGACCAUCGUCAACAUUCUGGAGAUCUUGCAGAUCGAAGGCCUGCGUAGGAUCAAGAGGGAUAGUCUCGGGUGCAACGUGAUACAACCGUUGGCGUGCCCGUGCUUCUUACUACCAGGAGAAGACUCUCUGGAGUUCGCUGAAGCCAAAAGGAUCAAUCGGGAAGUACAGAUCGAGACAGAGAAAGUGGCGUAUGGCGGCCGCUAUGACGACAGAGAAGACUUUGCCGUAGUGGUCCAGCCCUUCUUCAAAAACACUAUUAUCCCUUUGAAUGCUGACGGCCGACCCGACGUCACCUACUUCACCGAAGACUGUUUCCACUUCAGCGAACGGGGGCACGCUGACAUGGCCGUGGCCAUGUGGAAUAACAUGUUGGAGCCCGUGGGAAAAAAGCAGACGUACAACAAUUUCCCAAGUGGCAGAGAUGGCAUCAAGUGUCCCACAGAGGAGCAUCCUUACAUCUUCACAAAGAUCAACAGUGUACACGUUCCGGUAUGGCUAAUCGCGGUGCUCAUCAUCUCCGGACUCCUGCUCGGCUCGGCCCUCACCUGGCUGAUGCUCUCCUGCAGAGGCAAGAGGAACAACCGGCACAUGACCACAGCAACAACGGCAGUGCAGAUGAAGGCAUCUGUUUUUUAAAGCAGCGGUAGAAAAACUGAGUCCGAUCAUGUUUUGCAUUCAUUCAGCCAUUUCCCCCUAAAAUUAGUUAAUUCAAAUGUAUUUAGUCAGUUUUUUAUUGUUUUAUUCCUUUAUCUCAUUACAUAACUAGCUAAUUGAUUUGUUGUAGAUAAAAGACAUAUUAUAUAUACACUUAACAAAUGUUUAUAAUUGGUCAAUUAAUGUUAUAUAUAGUUAUAUGGCCUUGAGAACCAAACCAACUUUAGCCUACUUCUGUUUUAAUUAAACCAAGGGUUGGAAGUGUUUUUCUUUGUAAAGUAAUAUUAUUUUGGGACUGGAUGUAAA